AACAUCCACAAUGAACUGAGAAAGGAUGCGCCCGGCUAACCGUUCCUCCACCUCAUCAUGUCGCAGGGAAGAGGAAAGGAAGGAAGUGGAAAGCAGGUGCACUUGUUCAUUCUAGCUUUCUGUCUCCUCCUCCCUCUACCAUGCGAGGGCUUCCUCCCCAACUUUUGGUCCCGAGUGUUAACGCUGUCCUGGGACUCGUACACACACCAGUACAUGACCCAGGAGGCCAUCCUUAACGUAACCCUGGAGGUUCUGAAGGACACCGGAAAGCACCAAGGACGCCACGCGAAGGAAGAGACCAGACUAGGUCGUGGCUUCUGGAGAGCUGUGGCGGACGUGGUGAGCUCCAACGCAGCCAUGGACUUCCUGAGCUCCACCAGGUCCGACCCGGUCUACCACUUUGACUCGGAGCGGGUUGAGGGCGCCAUUGGGAUGUUGCGGGAGUUUUGGACGCAGACUGUGCUCUCCGUACGAGCCAAAGAGUACCAGAGUGCCCGUUACAGCUUGGGUCAGCUACUCCACUCCCUGCAGGAUUUCUACAGCCACAGUAAUUGGGUGGAGAUGGGCCGGAGCUCCAUUUACCUUCAUCUGCUGCAGCCAGAGGAACCUGCCAUCCCUGUAGCUAAAGAAGACAAACCUACAUGUAUGGAGUGCUUCAGCGCCACCUGUCGAAACAACUUCCUGUCAGCACUGACGAACACCCAGGAAGACCAGCAGCUUCUCACCACUGGCUACUUCAGCACGUUCCCUCCGAAACCUCAUGGUAAAUGUAGUCACGGAGGUAUUUUGGACACUGGUCAACAUCUGAGUGCCAGAGGGGGCAUCAACAAAGACAGCACCUCGCCGCUCUUCUCUCCUCAUCACUACCUUCAUGUUGAAGCUGCCACUUUGGCUACGGAAGCCACCCUGGCUGUACUGAGAGACCUCAAAGACACUGUGGGCCACAAAGUGUUCCUCAAGCUGUUCAGCGUGAAGCAGGUCCCCGCACUUGUGUUUGUUAUGGACACCACAGGCAGCAUGUUCGAGGAGAUCACCGCCGCCCGUCUCAGGGCUCACUCCAUCCUCCAGAGCCGAGCCAACAGUCCCCGGCAGCCUGGCACCUUUCUGCUCGUGCCUUUCCAUGACCCAGGGGUUGGACCAGUAUAUGAGGCCGAUGACCCAAACCAGUUCAUGCAGUACCUGGAGAACCUCAUGGCUCUGGGAGGAGGAGAUGAACCAGAGAUGUGCUUUUCUGCCAUUCAGCUGGCGCUCACCCACAGUCCACCACUCUCUGAGAUCUUUGUUUUCACUGAUGCUUCCCCGAAAGAUGCUCAUUUGUUUGAUGCGGUGAAGGCCCUUGCCCUCAAGAAGCAGAGCAAGAUUACAUUUCUCCUCACUGAAGACCCCAACUACAAGACUGUGAAGAUGAAGAUGAGGAGGAGGAGGAAGAGGAGGAGUAAGGAACCUCUAUCGCCUGACCGUUUCUCUCUCUACUCUUCCCUAUCCUCGCUGUCAGGAGGACUGACGAUUUUCACCACGGACUCUGACAUCCAUAGGGUCUCUGCCAUCGUGGAGGACAACACAGCUGUUGACAAGGUGACCCUCCUCCAUGUGGAAAGUGAUCAGGAGCUGAUGUCUGUUCAUUCCUUCAGAGUUGACAGCUCGGUAACAAAGGUCAUCCUACGCAUCACCGGCAGCAUAAGGGAGUGUAUCCUCACCAGUCCAUCAGAGAUCAGCCAGUCCCUGCUGAGCGAGCACGGCCCCCUUGCAGAGUUGGAGCACUUCCAGGGUCUGUAUCGUAUCAGCCUGCUGCCUCCCGUUCAGCCCGGUCAGUGGAAACUCCAAACCAAGAGUGACACUCACAUCACAUUUGAUGUCAUAGGUGACAGCAGUGUAGACUUCCUCUAUUACUUUGCCACUGUGACCAAUGAGACACACCCAGGCCUGGCCAGAGUGGAGGGUAGUCCUGUGGCAGGUGUCCCUGCUUUUCUGGUGCUGGCUGUUACAGGCCUGGCCCCCGAUGAGGAAGUCUCCUUCAGCCAUGCCACGCUGCUCGGGGCUGAGGGACAGAGCCUCCAGCAGGUGACGCUCAACCUCUCCUCCUCUUCCUCAAUCCACGCUUUGGAUGAGGUUGUGGGCUUGGUGGACUCCAUUCCCACAGUUCCCUUCUGCGUUCGGCUGACCGGCCAAGACAGCAGAGGAAACAGGCUGGAAAGAGUUUCCACGGAGAUGGUGCAUCCCACUCAUGUUCAGAUACAGGUGUUUUCGGUCCCCCGACUUGUACCAGGUCACAGCACAACAGUGGAGUUUGACGUCCUGAACCACGGCCCAGCUCGCCUCUUUAACCUGACUGCUGAUGACGACCACGGAUACAUUAUCAUGAGAGGGCCGCACAGGUUCCCUGUUGUAGCACAGGGCUCUUUCCGUGGCCAGGUGCACCUCCUAACUCCUGCUACAGCUCAGUCAGGAGCCACUGUCACUCUUUCGCUCACAGUCCACGCUCUUGACUCUCCAGCCUCAAACUAUGCAGUGGCCUAUUUGACGGUUGUCCCCCCAGAUGGCGACACCUCCCCACCAUCCUGCUCUGCUGCACGACUGCAGUCCGACUGUCCCGCUGCAUGCGACGGGUCCAGCUGGAGCGUGUCUCUGGUCGUGUCAGACAACGGUCGCUCUGGCCUCGCUGCCCUUCAGCUGCACCAGGGGGAGGGGACUCUGUCGCUACUUCACAGCCCUCCACCUGGCCACGAGCAGCCGCAUGCACAUCAGAACAAAACAAGUGACGAAGACCACCGUCAGCACCACCAUCACCACCACAGAGCCAGACUGCAGAGAGGAGACCCCCCUUUGAAUGUUUCUGAGUUGGUAUUGGGUUCAUCUGAGCCACUGUGGGGGAUGUACACAUCCAGCUGCUGCUCCACUCAGGCAGAGAUCCUGGUGUGGGACGCAGCUGGAAACAUGAGACGCUGCCAUCUGACCUCUGGCCAGCAGAAGAAGCCGAGAGACAGGAGCUCAGCAACCAGUGGAGCCCCACAACCGGCCCUUACAAGUGUCAUCUUCUUGAUUUUGGCUCCGCUGUGGUCAACGCUGAUGUGGAGAGUUGUUGUAAUGUUAUGAUGUUUUGCUGGUCAAAAUUAUCUGAGCGUUGAUCACCGGACUCAAGGAAUAAUCCAAGAAGAUUUUGUUCUGUUUUGGGGAAUAAAAUUCAAAAAUCAAUAAAUGUACUU